GUAACUUUUAAGCCCUUUAUUUAGAUUUAUUAUUUAAAAACAGAUUUUAGAAAGUAAAAAUGGCUGCAAAUGAAUUGGAUGACUGGUCUACAAAGGAAAAGUUUGUACUGGCAUGCUGUGUGACAAGAAGCGGAGAUCAAAACUGGGUAUCUGUAAGUCGUACAAUGCGAUUGAUUCUUGAGGCAUGUGAAGAAGAAAAGAAAAGACCUGCUGAUUGGUUUUCCCAAAAGAAUUUUGCAAUCAAGUAUAAUGAAUUGUUAAACACUGCCUCAGUAGCCAAACGAAAAGUUAGAGGUGCAUCGUCAGAAUCGGGAAAUGUUGAAACUCCUGCUGAACAAAUCCUACGGAAAUUAACCUUUGAAAGAAUUGAGGAAUUGGAUCGUGUUAUAAAAGCUGAAAGAGAAAGAUAUAAAAAAUUGAAAAGUGAUAUUCAUAAAAUUCAAAGUGGAAAGCUUGAUGAUGAACUUCCUAGGAUAUUGCAAGCAAUGCAAAGUGAUGAAAAUGUGCAGUUAGAACAACUAAUUAAGGAAGAUCCUCCACUUGAAGAACUAAGUGUAAAAACUACAUUACAAGCAGCGAGUGCUGUUUCUUCAUCUCCAGCAUCACAGAACACACCGUCUAGACCUCAAAGAGCAGCAAAAGAAACUGAAAAAUUUAAAAGUUACAUUGAGCAACGACAAAAACACAAUGCUAAAUACCACCAUAAUCCUACCACUACUUCAACAUCAACUGCUGUAACAUCAACUGUAGUAUCAUCGUCAGUUUCCUCAAAUAUUACGACUUCUGCUGAUGUUUCCUUAUAUGCAACCACUGUUGGCCCUAGUCCUGCACAAGUUCAAAAUAUGACAGUAAAACAUGAUUCCAUGGGAAGUAUUGUUCAACCUCGUGGGUUGUUAAUUACUAAACCUGAGCAACAACAACAAAAUGUGAAUGUAUCUGUUCCUUCAACACCAGUACGGACAGCUGCUGCAGAAGCUAAAGAGAAGUCAUUUCUUUCCAACCUUCUAUCAUCACCAGCCUCGGAAAUUAAAGCUCAGGCACAACAUAUAAAUAACACUUUAAAGGAACCUAUUAAAAGUAAGUAAAUAAUAUUAAUAUUUUUUGUUACUGGUUUAACUCUUUGGAAUAUUAAAUAUCCACUUAGCUCACUUGGUAAAUCUAUGUAUUAUAUA